GCCACCUGCAGCGCGGGGCGCGCGGCUCUGAGCGGCAUCUCAGGGCUGGGCCGGCGCGGCCUGGGGACCCCGGGCUCCGGAGGCCAUGCCGGCAUUGGCGCGCCGUGGCGGCCGGCUCCCGCUGCUCGCUGUUUUCUUGGCUGUGAUAUUUGGGACUAUUACCAAUCAAGAUCUGCCUGUGAUCAAAUGUAUGUUGAUCAAUCAUAAGAGCAAUGAUUCAUCAGUGGGGAAGUCAACACCAUAUCCCACGGUGUCAGAAUCCCCAGAAGAUCUCGGGUGUGUGCUGCACCCCGAGAGUGCGGGCACAGUAUACAGAGCUGCCACAGUGGAAGUGGACGUGUCUGCAUCCAUCACACUGCGAGUGCUCAUCAGCAGCCCAGGGAACAUCUCCUGCCAGUGGAUCUUUAAAGACAGCAUGCUGAGCUGCCAGCCACACUUUGAUUUGCACAACAGAGGAGUUGUUUCCAUGGUCAUUUUGAAAAUGACAGAAACCCAAGCUGGAGAAUACUUACUUUUGAUUCAGAGUGAAGCUACCAAUUACACAAUAUUGUUUACAGUGAGUAUAAGAAAUACCUUGCUUUACACGCUGAGAAGACCUUACUUCAGAAGAUUGGGCAACCAGGAUGCCCUGGUCUGCAUUUCUGAGAGUGUUCCGGAGCCAGUUGUGGAGUGGGUGCUUUGUGACUCCCAAGGUGAAAGCUGUAAAGAGGAAAGUCCAACUGUUGUGAAAAAAGAGGAGAAGGUACUUCGUGAAUUGUUCGGACCGGACAUAAGAUGCUGUGCAAGAAAUGAACUGGGCCGGGAGUGUACCAAGCUGUUCACCAUAGAUCUGAACAAGACUCCUCAGGCCACGCUGCCUCAGUUGUUUCUGAAAGUAGGCGAGCCCUUGUGGAUAAGGUGUAAAGCUGUUCAUGUGAACCACGGAUUCGGGCUCACGUGGGAACUGGAGCACAAAGCCCUGGAGGAGGGCAGGUACUUUGAGAUGAGCAGCUAUUCGACGAACAGAACGAUGAUUCGGAUUGUGCUGGCUUUUGUAUCAUCCGUGGGCAGAAAUGACGCCGGGUAUUACACGUGUUCUUCUUCCAAGCACCGCAGUCAGUCAGCUUUGGUUACCAUCCUAGAAAAGGGGUUUAUAAAUGCUACCAAUUCAAGUGAGGAUUAUGAAAUCGGCCAAUCCGAAGAGUUCUGUUUCUCGGUCAAGUUUCAAGCAUACCCACAGAUCCGAUGUUCCUGGACCUUCUCUCAAAAGUCUUUUCCUUGUGAGCAACAGGGUCUCGACGAUGGAUACAGCAUAUCUAAGUUUUGCAACCACAAGCACCAGCCAGGAGAAUACAUAUUCCAUGCAGAAAAUGAUGAUGCACAAUUCACCAAGAUGUUCACACUACAUAUAAGAAGGGGACCUCACGUGGAGACUGAGAUGUCAGCGAGUCAGGCGUCCUGUUCCUCGGACGGCUACCCGUUACCGUCUUGGACCUGGAAGAAGUGUUCAGAUGGGUCUGCCAACUGCACAGAAGAAAUCACAGAAGGAGUUUGGAAUAAAAAGGCUGGCCAGUGGCGUUCGAGCAGUACUCUAAACAUGAGUGAGGCUGUCAAGGGGUUCUCGGUCAAGUGCUGUGCAUACAAUUCUGUUGGUACAUCGUGCAAAACAAUCCAGUUAAAGUCAACAGGCCCCUUCCCUUUCUUCCAAGGCAACAUCUCAUUCUACGUGACGAUUGCACUCUGUCUUCCCUUAAUUGCCAUCUUAACCAUGCUUCUCUGUCACAAGUAUAAAAAGCAAUUUCGCUAUGAAAGUCAGCUGCAAAUGGUGCAGGUGACGGGCUCCUCUGAUAAUGAGUACUUCUACAUCGAUUUCAGAGACUAUGAGUACGAUCUCAAGUGGGAGUUUCCCAGAGAAAAUUUAGAGUUUGGUAAGGUGCUAGGAUCAGGUGCUUUUGGAAAAGUGAUGAAUGCGACAGCCUAUGGCAUUAGUAAGACAGGAGUCUCCAUCCAGGUUGCGGUCAAAAUGUUGAAAGAAAAAGCAGACAACUCUGAGAAAGAGGCGCUCAUGUCAGAGCUCAAAAUGAUGACUCACCUGGGGAGCCACGAGAACAUCGUCAACCUGCUGGGGGCGUGCACGCUGUCAGGACCAGUUUACUUGAUUUUUGAAUAUUGUUGCUACGGCGAUCUUCUCAACUAUCUAAGAAGUAAGAGAGAAAAAUUUCACAGGACGUGGACCGAGAUUUUCAAGGAACACAAUUUCAGUUUCUACCCUACUUUUCAGUCGCAUCCAAAUUCCAGUAUGCCUGGUUCAAGAGAUGUUCAGCUACAUCAGGAACUAGACCAGGGCUCCGCGUUGAACGGAAGUUCUUUUCAGUCUGAAGAUGAGAUUGAAUAUGAAAACCAGAAAAGGCUGGAAGAAGAAGAGGACCUGAACGUGCUGACAUUUGAAGACCUUCUUUGCUUUGCAUAUCAAGUCGCCAAAGGAAUGGAAUUUCUGGAAUUUAAAUCGUGUGUGCACCGGGACCUGGCAGCCAGGAACGUGCUGGUGACCCACGGCAAGGUGGUGAAGAUUUGUGACUUUGGAUUGGCGCGAGAUAUCAUGAGUGAUUCCAACUACGUCAUCAGGGGCAACGCCCGUUUGCCCAUCAAGUGGAUGGCUCCUGAGAGCUUGUUUGAAGGCAUCUACACCAUCAAGAGUGAUGUUUGGUCCUAUGGAAUAUUGCUCUGGGAGAUCUUUUCCCUUGGAGUGAAUCCCUACCCUGGCAUCCCAGUCGACGCUAACUUCUAUAAACUCAUUCAGAGCGGAUUUAAGAUGGAUCAGCCCUUUUAUGCUACGGAAGAAAUAUACUUUAUCAUGCAAUCCUGCUGGGCUUUUGACUCAAGGAAACGGCCGUCCUUCCCUAACCUGACCUCAUUUUUAGGUUGUCAGCUGGCGGAUGCAGAAGAAGCGAUGUAUCAGAAUGUGGAUGGCCAUGCCCCAGAAUGUUCUUCUGUCUACCAGAACCGGCGAUCCUUCGGCAGAGAAAUGGAUCCCGAGCUACCCUCGCCACAGGCUCCGGUGGAAGAGUCGUAGAGACACCUGCCCAUGUUAAGGACUUCACCCGGCCGCCAACUUUACAUGGCUGCAGAUGACCAAGACGAAAUUAAUUUCAUCAGAAAAAAAAUACAUUAUCAACUGCUGCUUCGCUGGACUUUUCUCUAGAAGCUACCUGCAUCUACUCUUGUUUUCAAAGGGACUUUUGUAAAAAUCAAAGCACCCUGUGCCCAGGGCAGGCAAAGCCUAUAAAUUAACUCUCCCGGAGUGCCCGCCUCCAUGCAAAGGUCUUCCCUGGCUGGCUUGAGUGAACAUUGCAUAUCCGAAGUACACUUUCUUCUUGUAAAUACUGACAACAGAAGCAUUUUGCUAAGGAGAAGCUAGUAUGAUUUUUUUAAAAAAUCCAUGUUUUAAAAACAAUAUGUAACUUUUUCAACUAUUUAGUGAUAUAUUUUAUGGAUGGAAAUAAAAUUUCUAACGUAGAAAAUGUUUGCUGUCGAAUUAUUGAUGUGACUUCUUGAGGACAAGGAGUUCUUAUAUCUGCUGGCAGGUGCACAAGGUUUUGCACCACAUGUGUA